GGGUCACGAAAAAUUCGGAGUCAGGACCGCCCAAAAAGUCACAAUUGAUAUAUUGUGAGGGCGGCUGCUUUUCAACUUGGCACUUCACUCAUCCGCCAUGAUCAGCGCAUUCUUCAUAUAUAAUCAGAAGGGAGAAGUGCUUAUCUCUCGAUUAUAUCGACACGACCUAAAGCGCUCGGUGGCCGACAUCUUUCGCAUUCAGGUCAUCUCGAACACAGACGUCCGGUCACCCAUCAUCACCCUCGGCUCGACCUCCUUCUUCCAUGUUCGCCACGAAAAUCUAUACAUUGUUGCAGUCACCAAGUGGAAUGCCAACUCUGCUUUGGUGUUUGAGUUCUGCUACAGAGUCAUUAAUAUCGGAAGAGCAUAUUUUGGCAAGUUUGACGAAGAGGCAGUCAAGAAUAACUUUGUGGUGAUCUACGAGCUGCUGGAUGAAAUCCUGGAUUUUGGAUACCCACAAAAUAGCGAAACAGAUACCCUAAAGAUGUAUAUUACAACCGAGGUUGUCAAGUCAGAGCGAGCUGUCGAAGACUCGAGCAAAAUUACCAUCCAAGCUACAGGUGCUACGUCCUGGAGACGAAGUGAUAUUAAAUACAGAAAGAAUGAGGCUUUCAUUGAUGUUAUUGAGAGUGUUAAUCUGUUAAUUAGCAACACGGGAACUGUACUUCGUGCGGAUGUAUCGGGACAAAUUCUUAUGAGAGCAUAUCUGUCAGGUACUCCAGAGUGCAAGUUCGGUUUGAACGACAAGUUGUUACUGGACAAAGAUGCCGUGACAAAGUCAAACCCUUUGCGUAGACCCAAUGCUGUUGAAAUUGAUGAUUGUCAAUUUCAUCAAUGCGUUAAGCUUGGAAAGUUCGAUAGCGACAGAACCAUUAGCUUUAUACCACCCGAUGGCGAAUUUGAACUUAUGAGAUACCGCACAACAGAAAAUGUGAAUUUGCCCUUCAAGGUCCAUCCUGUGGUGAAUGAAAUUGGGCGAACAAGAGUCGAAUACAAAAUCAAUGUCAAGGCCAACUUUUCACCAAAACUUUAUGCACACAAUGUCGUCCUCAAGAUCCCAACUCCUCUCAACUCUGCUAAGGUCGAGGUCAAGGUUGGCGCAGGAGGAAAGGCGAAAUACGCACCAGCUGAGAACUGCAUCAUAUGGAAAAUCCCACGUUUCCAGGGCCAGUCCGAGUUCACCUUGAGCGGAGAAGCCGAAUUGUCGGCUAUGACACAUAAGAAGGCCUGGUCACGGCCUCCAAUUGCCAUGGACUUCCAGGUUUUGAUGUUUACAUCUUCGGGAUUGCUUGUUCGAUUCCUCAAGGUGUUUGAGAAGAGUGGAUACCAAUCUGUCAAGUGGGUUCGCUAUAUGACCAAAGCCGGCUCAUAUCAAAUCAGAUUCUAAGCCCUUGUAUGUGGAUGACAAUGGGCUCAAGUUUACCGAACCCAUGUCUAAAAAAAUUAAUUCAACCAUCCAAAGUGACUUUUGCACCCGAAUAAACUUUUUAUACAAC